AUGGUUGAAUACGGUGUAAACGUCACGAACAAAUUCGGAUUUCUGUCAGAUGAUGAGGUGGACGAUCCUGAGGUGAUAUUCAGGAAGGCUGAAGCUUUAAGUAAAAAAGAAGAGAAAAGCGCAAGCCAGAAAAAAGCCGACAAAAAUGCUGCAGCAAGGAAGAAGAAGGAAAUCACUUCAACAGCAGUGAUAACAGCUGUAGCAAGGGAAAUGGAAGCAAAAAAACCACAGCUAUCAGUCGGUGGUGGAAUGAGAAAUGACUUCAACAAAGAGAACAAGGAAAAUCGCCCAGAUGGAGAGCGUAGCCGUGGAAAGGGAAGGGGUCGUGGUGGUGUUGGUCGUGGCCGAGGCUUUAUCCAGCAAUUUGACAAUAUACGCCCACCAUUUGAUCAGAAUGGUGAGCGUGAUGUCAUGGCUGAAAGGUUUGGCGAGGGAAGGGGACGAGGACGUGGUCGUGGAAACAGAGGUCGACCAUCUUUCCGAGGCGGACGAGGUGGAAUGCGGAAUUUUGAUGGAGAUCAGGAUCACAACAUGAUGGAGUUACAACCGGAGUUGAAUGGCAACGGAAAUAUUGAUCAGUUUGUCGAACGUCAUAAUCUCACCGAUUUUGGAACUUAUCGUGGCCUAUAUCGUGGACGAGGCGGAUUUCGUGGAGGCGAUCGCGACGGUGAGCGUGAACGACCUGCGUUUCGUGGUGGACGUGGUGGGCGCGGUGGACGUCAGUUUGAGCGAAUGAGUGGAUCGGAUCGAACUGGUGUUAAAACGACGGAUAAAAAGGAUGGUUUUGGAAAAGGUAAUUGGGGAACUGAUCAGGAUGAAAUGAAUGGACAAAACGAGCAAAUGAAUGACGGUACUGAAGUUGUCGUAAAAGAAGAAGAUGCCACGCCACGUGAGAAAACUCAGGAAGAGAUACGUUUAGAGGCUGAAGCUGAAGCACGUGCCAAGCAACUCACCCUGGACGAAUUCAAGGCACAGAUUGCUUCUAAACGUUCGGAGCCUCACUUCAACAUACGUCAGGCUGGCGAAGGUACUAACGAUAAGGAUUUCGGGAAACUUGUUCCUCUCAAUAAACCGAUCAUGGAAGAGAAUUCUGAGGAGGAAAUCGUAGUCGUGCGUCGUGAACCACGCACCAAGCGACUAGAUAUCGAGAUCAAUUUCACAGAUGAGCAACGUGGUGGACGUGGUGGUCGCAUAAGGGAUGGUUUUAGAAGUGGUCGCGGUCGUGGUGGACGAGAAAAUCGUAAUCCCAAGGAAGUCCAGACAUUUGAAGUGUCUGCUGAUGCUUUCCCGGCACUUGGAAGUCAGUAA